CCUCCGUCCUCGCCGCCUCCCCAGCCGCCGCAUACAAUGGCUUCGAGACACUCUAUGACGCCGGCCGACUACGGCGACGCCAUCAUCCAUGCGGUCAAUGAGUCAGAUGGGUAUGAGCUAGCCGAGCUCUUCACUAUGCCCUUGCUAGGCGCUGCUCCUGGCGCUUUUACCGCGACGGCCGACGUCUUGAUCCAUCUGCGCGAUCCUAAGCCAUACAAGAUCCAGUUGGCGCUUCGGAAGUGCAAAGGCUACCUCAAAGCGCCGUGGGAGGAGCUGGCAACGAAUCACCUUGUCGCUGCCCAGAGACUGUCGCUCAUCGACCCAGAUCUCCUUGGGCGGAGUCGCUCGAAGCAAUCCUUCGGACACAAUCUACGGGGCUUCGGCGCAGACGCAAUUGUUGACAAUGAAGGUCGGACGGUCAAGGAGGUCCUCGAAGAAGCUUGGGAGGGUGUCAAUGCCGUCGUCGUCGCUCUGCUACGAUUCUUCUCAUCUCAAAGCCCUGGGCGAUGGUGUUUGCCACUGAUGACGACGGUACUCUCGUCGUAUCGCAGGCUCUCGGUCAUUGUUGAUCGAGUGACUUCUACCAAAACCGCAUCUUCGUCCUCUACCUCUUCGCCUCAGCCCCAUCUCGAAGAAUGCGCGCGACAGUUGAACAAGGCAUUCAGCGUCUGUGUGUCAGACCGAACUACCGAGAUGGAGGGCAGCCGCAAGUGGGGAACCUACGAGAUCGUAGGCAUGGUCUUUCGCGGCUACUUCAAGCUCAAGUCCCUUCCUUUGUGCCGCAACAUUUUGCGUGCGCUGACAGCGGCAGACUUGCCGCCCUUGGAAGCGUUUCCUCGCGCGCAGCAAGUGACCUUUCACUACUACGUUGGCGUCCUAGCCUUUCUCAACGAAGAAUACACCAAGGCCGAAACUGAGCUUUCAGUGGCUUUUGACGCCUGCCAUGCAUCGCAGCGACGUAAUCAGUCGCUCAUUCUCAAAUACCUCAUCCCCUGCCGCCUCCUGCGGGGCUCGCUACCUUCGUCACGCCUCCUGCGACCUUUUCCCACCCUUUCUGCCCUCUACCUCCCCUUCAUCCAGUCAUUCCGGCGUGGCGACGUGCGGUCGUACGAUGAGGCGCUUUCUGACCCUGUGAAAGAACGCGCGCUAGUCGAAGCAGGUACCUACCUCGCUAUUGAGCGUGGCCGCGAAGGGUGCCUGCGUGGCUUGUUCCGGCGCGUUUACCAGGCCACCGAUAAGCAGACGCGCAUCCCCAUCGACACAUUCCACCGCGCGCUCCGCUUCGUCGGCGUCGAUGUCGAGCGCGAGGAGACAGAGUGGUUCGUCGCUCAGCAGAUUGCAAAGGGCUACAUGCGCGGCUACAUCAGCCACGAGCGUCAGAUGACCGUCUUGUCGGCCCAGAAUGCCUUUCCGAGCUUGCACACCGUCGCG